AUGGCCGAGGAAGUCAAGUCUAUCUCGCCCUAUGGCAUUGCCCGCUCUACUGUCAAGGGCGAGCCUCUCUCCCCGGAGGAGAUUCAGCUAUACAAUGACUUCUUCAAGGCUAGCUGCUACCUCUCCUUGGGUAUGAUUUAUCUCAAGGAGAACCCUCUUCUUCGAGAACCUCUCAAGCCUGAGCAUCUCAAGCUUCGAUUGCUUGGUCACUUUGGCUCUGCCCCCGGCCAAAUCUUCACAUAUAUGCACUUCAACCGUCUGAUCAAGAAGCACGACCUUGACGCUCUGUUUAUCUCUGGGCCUGGACAUGGUGCCCCCGCUGUUCUCUCCCAAUCCUAUCUUGAGGGUGUUUAUACCGAGGUGUAUCCAGACAAGACACUAGAUCUGGAGGGUAUGCAAAAGUUCUUCAAGCACUUUUCAUUCCCUGGCGGAAUUGGCUCUCAUGCUACUCCCGAAACUCCUGGAUCUCUCCACGAAGGUGGUGAGUUGGGUUACUCCAUCUCACACGCUUUUGGUGUUGUCUUUGAUAACCCCGAUCUGAUUGCCCUUACCAUGGUCGGUGACGGCGAGGCUGAGACUGGCCCCCUUGCUACCGCCUGGCACAGCAACAAGUUCCUCAACCCUAUCGUUGAUGGAGCUGUCCUGCCUGUUCUUCACCUCAACGGCUACAAGAUCAACAACCCAACUGUUCUUGCUCGAAUCUCUCACCGAGAACUCGAGUGCCUCUUUAUCGGUUAUGGCUGGCAGCCAUACUUCGUCGAGGGUGACGAUAUUGAGUCUAUGCAUCAGGCCAUGGCCUCUACACUCGAACACUGUGUGGAUGAGAUCCGAAAGAUCCAGAAGGAGUGCCGCGAGUCUGGCGAGGCCAAGCGACCUCUGUGGCCCAUGAUCGUUCUCCGAAGUCCCAAGGGCUGGACCGCCCCUCGCAAGCUUGACGACAACUAUCUGGAGGGUUACUGGCGUGCUCACCAGGUCCCUAUCACUGACCCCGCUACCAACCCUGCACAUCUCAAGGUCCUCGAGGACUGGAUGCGAAGCUACGAGCCUGAGCGUCUUUUCGAGGAGUCCGGCGCACCCAUUGAGUCUAUCCGCUCUAUCGUUCCCGAGGGCACCCGACGAAUGAGCGCCAACCCUGUUGCCAACGGUGGUCAGCUCAGGAAGCCUCUGAGAAUGCCCAACUUCAGAGACUAUUCUAUCAAGGUUGACAGCCCCGGAAACGUCAUGAGCGCUAGCAUGACCAACAUGGCCGUCUUCCUCAAGGAUAUCAUAGCUGAGAACCAGACCAACUUCCGUCUCUUCGGUCCUGAUGAGACAGAGUCCAACAAGCUCGGUGGUGUUUACGCUGCUGGCAAGAAGGUCUGGAUGGGCGAGUACUUCGAGGAGGAUGCCAACGGCGGAAACCUUGCCAAGGCUGGCCGCGUUGUCGAGAUGCUUUCUGAGCACAACUGCGAGGGUUGGCUUGAGGGUUACCUCCUGAGUGGCCGACACGGUCUGCUCAACAGCUACGAGCCUUUCAUCCACGUAAUUGACUCCAUGGUCAACCAGCACUGCAAGUGGAUUGAGAAGUGUCUCGAGGUUGAGUGGCGUGCUAAGGUUGCUUCUCUCAACAUUCUCUUAACUGCCGUUGUCUGGCGUCAGGACCACAAUGGUUUCACUCACCAAGAUCCCGGUUUCCUUGAUGUCGUCGCGAACAAGAGCCCCGAAGUUGUCCGUAUCUACCUUCCUCCUGAUGGCAACUGUUUGCUCUCUGUCAUGGAUCACUGUCUUCGCUCAGUCAAUUACGUCAACGUUGUUGUUGCUGACAAGCAGGAGCAUCUGCAGUACCUCUCUAUGGAUGCUGCUAUCGAGCACUGCACCAAGGGUAUUGGUAUUUGGCCUCAGUUCUCUACCGACGCUGGUGAGAAUCCCGACUUGGUCAUGGCCUCUUGUGGAGAUGUCAGUACCCACGAGUCCUUGGCUGCCAUCGAUCUCCUGCUCGAGCACUUCCCCGAGCUCAAAAUCCGCUGCGUCAACGUUGUUGAUCUGUUCAAACUGAUCCACCCCAGUGACCACCCCCAUGGUCUCGACGACUCUGAGUGGUCCAGCCUCUUCACCGAAGACACUCCUGUCAUCUUCAACUUCCACAGCUACCCAUGGAUGGUGCACCGCUUGACAUACAAGCGCCCUGGCAGCCGCAACUUGCAUGUUCGCGGGUAUAAGGAGAAGGGAAACAUCGACACCCCUCUCGAGCUUGCCAUCCGCAACCAGACCGAUCGCUUCAGUCUAGCUAUCGAUGCCAUCGACCGCAUGCCUCAUCUCCACAACCGAGGCUCCUCAGCCCGCCAGGCUCUCCUAAAUGCCCAGAUCCAGGCCCGCAAUGAGGCCUUUGAGACAGGCAUGGACCCUCCCUUCCUGAAGAACUGGACCUGGAAGCGCAACGGCCUGUGGAAGAAGGUCAGCGAGGGUCUUGUCUCUCGAUAG